AUGCCAAGAAAAAGAAAGCUGUUGGCUCAAUUAAGUGCUCUCAAAAACAACUCCAGCAUCCCUCCAUUUGAUGCCUUGGAGAACGUGAAUGCUACGCCUGACGGGGGUUCUUCUCCAAAAAGCAGCAAAUACUUUGCGACAGAGAAUAAAAAAUCUUCCCAGCUAGAAGCAGAUUUUUUCAACCAGCCCUGUAUUAGUCUGGCCAAGUCCUUUCUGGGACAGAUUUUAGUUCGCAAACUUCCUGAUGGCAGAGAACUCUGGGGGAGGAUUGUUGAAACAGAAGCUUAUCUGGGUGGGGAAGAUGAAGCUUCCCACUCGAAAGGUGGGAAGCAGACUCAACGAAAUGCGGCAAUGUUCAUGAAACCAGGAACUCUGUACGUGUAUCAGAUCUACGGGAUUUAUUUCUGUGUGAAUGUUUCCAGCCAAGGGGAAGGGGCCGCGGUGUUACUUCGCUCCUUGGAACCUCUUCAGGGUUUAGAUGCGAUGAGAGAGCUGCGCAGUGCUUCAAGGAAAGGGCCCCCCAAGGUGCUGAAGGACUGGCAGCUGUGUAAUGGGCCCUCCAAGCUGUGCCAAGCGUUUGGGAUUGAUAAGACCUUUGACCAAAGGGACCUGACUCAAGAUGCAGCCAUCUGGAUGGUACCUGGGCAUGACCUACCCGGGGAGCAGGACGUGGUAGCCACAAAAAGGAUUGGUAUUGGCAACAGAGGGGAGUGGACACAGAAACCUCUCCGCUUUUAUUUACGAGGAAACAAAUUUGUGAGUGUUGUAGACAGGAAAACAGAGAGAGAGAUGGCAGCAAUGGGACACUUCUCUUGCAGCUGACAAGUUGUGCAAGUGUGCCACCAACCAGGACGUGAGCUGUGCUCUGUUCCAGAGCCUCAGGCUGUGUCAUGGCAGCAGCUGGGGCACACAGAGCGGCUUGGAGAUUUUUAACAAUAAACAUA